AUGGACAGGCUUAUUGAGAUUGCCUGCGAAGAAGGAGACUUGGCUUCCUUGUGGUAUUGCUUUGCUGGGAAGCAUUAUCCAACCUUCUGCCGCCUCCUGACUCGAGCCGAACUAGGCCACUUCCACUUCAGACUUCGGCCAACAUGCAAACAUUCGCUUUCCAGCCAUCACCAAUCACCAAAUCCAUCGGCCUGCGAAUUAAAUACAUCCAACAUUGAUGAUGCAUUCGCGGAUAUCUUUGUUAACUUCAAACUCGCCCAGGCAACUAUCAACACGGCUGCUGAUAAUUCGACUACUUUGAAAUCUGAGAAGUUUCUUGAGCACUCUACAGGCAACAGCUCUUCAAUUUUUUCCGGUGUUCAGGUGAAAAGUAUAUUUGUUAUUAAAAUAGUCGAGUUUCAUUUCACAUGGAAGUAA